AUGGGCCUGGUAGACCACAUGAGUGAGAACCCCGAUCUUCCGGACGUGAGCUGUGCCGGUAGCGUUGAGCCGCUCCCGGCACCGACAUCGCUGCCGGCGUCGAGCGGCGUGCCCAGCAACGUGCUGGUGCCGCUUAACCACCACAACCAGCUCACGCGCUUCAUGGCCAAGCAGACACUUGGCUACAUUCCAAAGCUCAGUGUGCGCAGUCCUGAGCGUAGUAUCAUCGUGCGGUCGCCGUCCUUCCGGCUUCCGAGCAUCGGCACGCCACCGCUGUCGCCUCAGAAGUGGGCGGGCCCAUCCCCUUUCUCCAGUCAAGACGAUGAGAUCAGCCGACCCAGUCUGCCGGCAUUGAACCAAAAUGCCGGUAGUUUUAUCCAGCGUUCCGGUAGCUUCUCCGAGACCAUCCCACCGCUGAAGCGGCCACACCAGGAGACCACCCACCACGUCAUGUCCAUCGCCGAUCUAUGUCAACCCUUCCAGUACGUUCGCGCCUCGUCCUGUCCCUGGAAACCGGCCAUUGAGCCGCAGGCCUACAUCCGCACCCAGUCAUGCAGUAGCGACGCCGACACGUUACGCGGCAGUCUGCCGCACCGCUCGGAGGAAAUGCAGCACAAUCGGCUGGAGCGUAGCAGCUCCAUGGACGCGCCCACGCUCAUGCGCCACCUCAAGCGUACGGCGGCCGAGUCAAUCGACUUGACUCAGUGGCUCGACCGUCCGUGCCGUAGCUCGCUGAGCUCACUGGCUGACUCGGCCGACUCCAUGCACCAGCUGGAGCAAGCCGGUCGAUCCAUGCGUAUCUCGGACUCGCCGCGUGCGGAUCACGUGGCAUCACUCGACUCAUGCCAUGAGGCCAAGCGCGAGAAGAAGCUGUGUGCCUUCCCGCAGUGCUCCAGCAACGCCGUGACGCGCGGUCUUUGUAUCAGUCACGGAGGAGGACGCCGAUGCCAACGCAAAGGCUGCACGCGCGGGGCUCAGAGCAAGGGGCUCUGCGUGGCUCAUGGCGGUGGCCGUAUCUGUCGCGCUGCUGGGUGCUCCAACAUCCAGCGCAGCAUGGGGAUGUGCAUCCGCCACGGCGGUGGUAGACGCUGUAGCGUCAAGGGCUGCCAGAAAGGCGUGUGUCGCGUGCUUGAAUGCACCAAGCACGUCAAGAAGAAAGGGCUGUGCCGAUCGCAUGCUAACUCCAUGUAUGCAACCUUGGGCCCGCAGUAA